CGUUUUUCAACAGCUCGACAUUCUCCGUCACUUCAUCGCAUAGAUCAGAAUCCUGCUCGCCAACCUUUACAGACCGGCCACAAUGGCCUCUAGGCGACCUUUACAGCUAUUACAUAGCACCUCCACGUCCGCAAUACCCCAAUCACGAUGCCCCUCGCUGCCCAACAAACGCUGUAUCUCCAGCACACCCGCUCGCCUGUACACUCCCGAAAACGAACAAGAAUUGACAGCCCCACGAUGGAAGCAAACACCUAAAGCUAUGAUCGCACCGGUACGCCUCAAUCCCUUAACACCGAACAGUCACUACGUCGUCAACACCGAACCGAAAAGGCUCGACAAGAUGUAUAACCAGUUUCUGGGUCCGGGCAGCUGCGAUUUGCUUUCAGAAGAGACAAAGUGGCUUGCAGUUACACACAAAUCAUUCGAUCAUGGCCGAAGAGGUUUCAACGAUCGUCUCACGUUUCUAGGGAAGCGGAUUGUAGACCUGCAGGCAAGUCUGGCGGUGUUGGCGAAUGGAGCAAACCAGUAUCCUUCGGCGCAUCCAGCGCUGGACGGUCUGGACUUCCUGACUGCUGAGCGGAGAAAGGAGUUGGUGAGCCCGAAAAAGCUUUAUGCUCUGGGAAUAAAAGCUGGAAUGCGGUCCGCGAUGCGGUGGAAACCACGGCGUACGGACAAUCUAUCACUAUCAGGCGAGCAUACGGUAAUCAACGGAACAAUUUACGCCAUCAUUGGCGCCCUAGCAUUAGAGAGAGGGGGUGAGGUGGCUAACAGAAUGGUGCGAGAGAGAAUUUUAAAGCCUAUUGGUAUGAUUCCAGAGGAAGAGGCGACUGUAUGAAACUAAGCAGCCUUGCGGGCAUUGUACUAUAUAUAUUCCAGACCCAGUGUCGAUAGAGUACGAAUUGACUUCAUGUAAUUAGUUUCUGGACAGGAAGUCAUGUUCUAGAGCAUAAAUUUUACUGAUUGAGCUACAUG